AAAUAAUUACACUUGAGUCUCUUUGGUUUUGAUGUAUUACGUACGUAUAUGUGUGUAUGCGACGACGACGACGACGACGACGGUCACUCGCGCAGGCACUUGGCACACAUAAAUUUUAUCGGGGCGAACUUUAUUGUACGCUAACGCUGCUGGCCGAAUCGUCGACAUUUCGACUUCGAACUUGUGCUGUCUCGUAUACUCGCGUCGCGUUACGACUUUCGGGAGAUCCGAGGCAGACACACACACGCAUUUGACAUCGCAUAGUAGAAGCCGCGUUAGUAGUAACAUCAGCAGCACUAGUAGCAGUAGUAGUAGUAGUAGUAGUAGUAGUUUGUCAGUAGUAGCGACGAUCGACCGACGAUCAUCGCUUCCUAGUCCAUCAGUAUCAGAGUGACUAUGCGAGCGCGAGACACGGCUAAUUUAAUACGGUGACGGUGGCAACUUCUCCUAUAAUCCGGGACACAGUAUUUGACACGAAAAAUAAGAAAAAAAAACAAUAAAAAAAGGAGACACUCGAUCCGUGGCAGCAGCGAAAUUAUGUGAGCUUCCUCGGCGCGCAGUUGUCACACAAAUCUAUGAAAUGAACUUAGAUUUUCGUUAGGAACAAAAAAGCUCGGCUAUCUAAAUAAAUAAAAGCGCCUACGAAAUAUAAUUGUGAUAAGAGAGAACACUUGCAUACUCAAAGGGAAAGGAAAAAAUGAGGCUCGAUAGACCCAGUCUUUGUGUAGACGACGAUAACAAUGCGAUCAUCUCGGACUCCAGAAAGAGUUCGGUGGUCCGAUUACAGAUCGUUCCAGCCAAGCCGAAGACCAUCACGCAUCUGCCCAAGCGACCACCUGUUGAUCUGGCGUUCACAGACCUGACCUACACGGUGCGCGAGGGAAGAAAGAGCAACGUCAAAACCAUAUUAAAAUGUGUCAGCGGCAGAUUGAGAUCUGGCGAGCUAACCGCCAUCAUGGGCCCAUCAGGAGCUGGAAAAUCAACACUUCUGAAUAUCCUUACCGGAUACAAGACUACCGGUAUGGAAGGCAGCAUAACCAUGAACGGCCACGAAAGGAAUUUGAGUGCCUUCAGAAAAUUAUCGGCCUACAUAAUGCAGGACAAUCAGCUUCAUGGUAAUCUCACCGUACAAGAAGCGAUGAAAGUCGCGGCCAGCCUCAAACUCAGUCGUCACGUCGAUGAACAAGAAAAAGAGGAAGUGAUUCAAGAAAUUCUCGACACACUCGGCUUGGCUGAUCACCGUAAAACCAUGACUUUUAACCUCAGCGGAGGUCAGAAGAAGCGACUAUCUAUUGCCUUGGAAUUAGUCAAUAAUCCACCCAUUAUGUUUUUCGACGAACCAACCAGCGGUCUGGACUCGUCAUCCUGCUUCCAAUGUAUCUCCUUGCUAAAAACUUUGGCGCGCGGAGGUCGCACAAUAAUCUGCACCAUUCAUCAGCCGAGUGCUCGUCUGUUUGAAAUGUUUGAUGCUCUCUACACUCUUGCCGAAGGUCAAUGCGUCUAUCAGGGCUCCACCUCGCAAUUAGUUCCUUUCCUGUCUUCUCUCGGCUUGAACUGCCCCAGCUAUCAUAAUCCGGCUUCGUUCAUAAUCGAAGUCUCGUGCGGCGAAUACGGGGACAACAUCAAAAACUUGGUGAACGCCAUUCGCAAUGGUAAAUCCGAUGUUCGCGAGGGCUACCCCUUCCCGGAAAAGGAACAGCUGAAUAAUGCGGACAUCAAAGAGCUCGAAAAUGGAACCAUAGAAGGUACCAAUGUCAAUGCAGUCAAAGACAAGAAUGACGCCAGUUGCAUCGAGGAGAAGUUUUGCGAUGUCAAAUCGAAUGAAAAGAACAAUGGAACCAUCAUGAACGCCUUUGCUACCAAUGACAUCGUUAAACAAAGUAAUGAUGUAGCCAUCACUUUGGAAGCCGAUAGCAAAGAUUUCGUAACUGACUCUCUGUUAGAAGACAGUCUUGAGGGUGUUCCAGAACGUUAUCCCACCUCGGAAUUGGCUCAGUUUUGGAUAGUAUUAAAAAGAACUCUUCUUUUUAGCAGACGUGAUUGGACGUUGAUGUAUCUUCGAUUGUUCGCUCACUUAUUGGUGGGAUUUUUAAUUAGUGCAUUAUAUUACGACAUUGGCAACGAUGCUAGUAAAGUCCUCAGUAAUCUUGGAUUUUUGUUCUUCAACAUGUUGUUCCUCAUGUACACAUCUAUGACAAUAACAAUUCUAUCAUUCCCGUUGGAGAUGCCAGUUCUACUGAAAGAAAACUUUAACAGAUGGUACUCUUUAAAAUCGUAUUAUCUGGCUAUAACAGUCUCGGAUAUUCCAUUUCAGGCAAUAUUUUGCAUCAUGUACGUGUCAAUUGUAUACUUUUUAACUAGCCAGCCAGCGGAACUGUGCCGCUUCAGUAUGUUCUUGGGCACUUGCCUGCUGAUUUCGUUCGUUGCUCAAUCCGUCGGGCUGGUAGUCGGUGCCGCCAUGAACGUACAGAACGGCGUGUUUUUGGCCCCUGUUAUGUCAGUGCCAUUCUUACUGUUCUCUGGCUUCUUUGUUAGCUUCGAUGCAAUUCCCGUAUAUUUGAGAUGGAUCACGUAUCUGAGUUAUAUUCGUUAUGGAUUCGAGGGCACAGCUCUGGCUACCUAUUCGUUUAAUCGUACUAAACUUCUCUGCACAUCGGAAUAUUGUCAUCUCAAACGUCCUGAGACAGUCUUAGAGGAAUUGGACAUGACGAAAGCAGAUUUCACACUCGAUGUUCUUGCCCUUCUACUGAUUUUCGUCGUACUUCGAAUAACCGCUUACCUGUUCCUCAGAUGGAAACUCAAAUCAUCGCGGUAAAUCAUCAAGUUCGUUUAGAUAUUCAAUGAAAGGAGUGAAAAUUCAUUAAAAAUGUAGGCCUUGAAGGAUAAUUGUCACCGUUCGGUGGAUUUUUACUGUUUUUUUUUUCGAAAUACAUAAAGCUCUCUGUUCUUUUUACUCAAAAUAUAUGCUAUCAAUGAGAGCAAACGAAUAUUUUUCCAUAUAAAAACUUAUACAUACUAUAUUUAUUCAUUAGUAUUUUCAUGGGUAAUCGAAGGGUAUGACUCUAUGUUUUAGUGGUAAAGAUAACGGAAAUGUAUCUAAUGGAAUCAAUUUUCUUUUUUUUUUAUAUAAAAAAAUUAUUAUACUUUUUUAGAAUAAUUUACAUUUUCUCUGGAUAUGUCUUAUACCAUAUAUUAAUGAUUCAGGGUACUACUUUGUUCAUGAUUUUUAUUAUAAUCCACGUGAUAUUUUAUUCAAAUGACAAAUUUUUUCAUGAAAAUUUGCAAAAGAACAACGAAAUAGCAUAUACAUUCUUUAUUGUGUAGUACAACUAAUGGUUAUUUAUUAUGAAUAUUAUAUUAUUGUUUGCAAUUGAAAAAACAAGAUUUUUAUAUGAUUUUUACAUGCACGAAUUCGUUCGUAGAAAACGAAAUUGAACAAUAUGAAUUUCUGUCCUCAAAUGGCUGUGAGAACGUGAAAACAAAACUUCGAAAUUGUUGUACAUUUUCAAUGAUUAAUCUACUAACGGCUGGUAUGAAAAAAUGAUGCAACUUAUUUUGAACUGAGUCUUUUCUUUUUAAAACGUUAAAAAGAAAAUUAGAAAAUGUGCCAGCCUGGCUGCCUGUCGAUAAACAAUAAAUUAGUUAUGCUCAUUGCCACUGCGCGAUUUCUUGCCUGGCCAAUUAUUGAAAACGUAAAACCAAAUAUUAAAAAAAAAUACGAUAUAGGCGAGCAAAACUCAUAAUACAAAUUUGAAUGUUACAGCGUGUAUUUUUCAAACGUUAUUUGUAUGUAGAUAUGUAAGUGUAAAAAAAUUUUAAUGUAUAAAUCCUAAGUGCGCAUCAGAAUGCGAGAACAGAAAUUUAAUAAAAAAAAACUUCAUGAACAUCGGCGCUAAAAUGACCUCUGCUCAUUACUAACUCUAUUUUAUACAGAUUUUUCAUAUUGAUAACAGCGCAAGGCGUUUUGUAGAAAUUUUGUAAAAACUAUAUAUUUAUUAUACAAAUAAAAAAGUUUUAAAAAAUA